AUGGGCGGCAGUCUCGCGAGAUGUGAACGCGAGCAUUGCGGCUCACCUGGGGACCGCCACCAGGUACGAGGACUCGUUAGCAGCAGCGGGCGGCCCGCAGUACCUAGAGCACCUCAACCUGCCGCCCUCCUGCACGCCCAUCUACCUCUUCCUCCUCGUGCGCCCUGCUCUCCCCUUCCUCUCAUGGCUUUCUCAAGCUUUACUUUGAGUCUGUCUGUCUCGUUUGAGUCCACACACCUCAACCUGCCGCUCUCCUGCACGCCCAUCUACCUCUUCCUCCUCGUGCGCCCUCCCUGCCCUCCUGCUCCAUGCCUUGCCUGCCCUGUGUUUCCCGUGCCUGCCACCUGCUCCCUGUGCCCGUCUGCACUGCCUCCUCUUUGUGCCACGCUUCUCCUUUCCCAUUCUUCCACUCCCCCGUGCCUCCCAUCCCAUCUCCGCACAUCCAGGCCAGGCAUGGAGCAGGGGAGCCAAGCCAACCAAGAGUCACAUCCACCAGCUGAGCUGAGCGAGCUCGCCCCCACAAUCAGACGUGCAUUUGCUGCCUCUGUAUCUCCCUCUGCCGCCUUGCUCCUCAUCACAUCAGCAGCAGCCCAGUCACGUCUAAGCCUCUCCGAGUGGAUGCGGGGGUACCGGUCGCCAUGGGAGGGGAUGCAGGGGGGAGGUGAGCUGCUGAGGGAGGGCGAGGAGGAGCUGUAUCGCAUGGGCGGGCGGUUCAGGAGGCGAUUUCCCUCCCUGCUUGGAGGCUUGUAUCACAGCAAGGCGGUGAAACUGUUCUCAACGCAGGUCGCCCGUUCAGCAGCCAGUGCAGUCGCCUUUGCCAUCGGCCUCCUAGAGAACUCCGGCUCCCUCACCCCCGCGCGCCUUCGCGCCUUCCCGGUAAUUUCCGAAACCCAGGAAGGCGACACGAAGCUUCGUUUCCACAACCUGUGCGGCGCGUACGUGGCUGUGAAGGAGAACGCGCAGGGGCGGCUGGAUGAAGGGUGGGAGGUGCUGUGGGGGGAAAUUGCCCGAGAUAUCAACCAACGGCUGGGAUUGGUUCCUGAGUCACCUGGGGCUUGUGAGUCACCUGGGGCUUGUGAGUCACCUGGGGCUUGUGAGUCACCUGGGGCUUCUGAGUCAGCUGGGGCUCAAAAGAAGGAGGGGGUAGUGGGGGAUGUUGCAGGGGAUGGGAAUGAGAAGCUGGGGCUGGAAUAUGGGGGGCUGCAGGGGGAUGGAAUGGACGGUGGGGAUGCGGGGCUGGAGGCUGCGGCAGUUGAUCUGACAGUGUACGAUGUGAGUGGGCUGUGGCUGCAGUGCAAGCACGAGGCAGGGGUGCUGCUGAGAGGAUGGGGGGGAGAUGGGAGAGAAGGAGCGGAGGAUGAUGAUCACCUGGGCUCGGCCUCCCGCGCGUGUGGCCUGUUCUCGGCGCGCCACCUGGCGGUGCUGGAGUGGAUUGAUGACGUGGACACGUUCAUGCAGAAGGGGUAUGGGCGGGAGAUUAACUACCACAUGGGUCUAAACCUGCUGCAGGAACUAAGCGAGAGAAUGGUCAAUGCGCGGCUUAGGAGGCUCUGGGAGGAAGGGCGCUUGGGGGCGGCAGCAGAUGGGGUGGGGGAAGGGGGAGUUGGGAGCGGUGGGGUGGGUGGGAAGGAGGAGAAGGAAGAGGGGAAGGAGGGGAAGGAAGAGGGGAAGGAGGGGGAAGGGAGGGUAGGGAAGAAGGGGAAGAAGGAGAAGAAAGGGAAGAAGGAGAAGGAUGGGUGGAGGGAUGGGGUGAGGGAGAGGGCUGCUUUGCACUUUGGCCAUGCAGAAACAGUCAUUCCGUUUGCAUGCCUCCUGGGACUGUACAAGCCAGACUCCUCUAACGAGGCCGCCAGUAAAGAGAAUGAACGUGCACACCAGAAAUCUGAAGAGCAGGAGAAACAGCAGCAGCAGCAGCAGCAGCAACAGCAGGAGAAGGAAGGGCAGCAACAUGACAAGUACGACGUGCUAAUGGCGAAGGUGGCUGCUACAAUCACGCAGCAGUUCGCCCCACCAGAGCUGCUGCCUCCUCCCCCUCCAUCGCAGCGGCGCUGGCAGGCCAGCCAGAUCGCACCGUACGCUGCCAACACUGCUGUCAUCCUCUUCAGGUGUGGUCCUAAUGAGACUGAUGGGCUUCAUGGGUCGAGCAAUGCUGCCGUUAAUUCCGGUGCUUGUGACGGCGCUGGUGGUGGUGGCAGUGGCAGCAACACCGUUGGAGGAGGAGAGGGGAAUUUCGACACAAAUGCGUGUGAUGAUGUGCAUGCCAAUGUGGAGGCUAAGGCGGUGUGGGCGGAUGGCUUUGCAGUGGCAGUUAUGCACAACGAGCGCUUCGUGCCGCUGCCGCUGUGUGGAGGGAGGGUGGUCUGUCCCUUCAGUAUGUUCCAG